UUCUGCGUAUGGGCCAACACAUCUUUCGCCGCCGGUCGAGGCAUCUCCAUCAUAGCCACCCAGAACCUCGCAGAAAGCGUAGCGAAGAGCGAGGGCUACCAGUCAGCUCGCCGAGUACGAGCAUCAGGUGGAGGAAGCCAGGCUUCCCCGAAGUAUGAAGUGAAAACCUUACCCGGGAGAGGCCUUGGAUUGGUGGCUAAUCAUACCUUGGUUCGUGGUGAUGAUAUUGUGUAUGAGCCGCCAGUGGUACUCGCUCAGCACGACAUUGAGGAUCUGCUUGGGGAAGGAGAAGUCGCUACUCUGCACCGUGUUGCCGUCGAACGAUUGCCUUACCGAACGAGAGCGGAUGCUAUGAAUUUGCAUGGGUAUGGAGGGAAAGGUACGGCUUAUGAUCGCUUUAGUGCCAAUGCGUUCAAAGUGUACGAAUUCGCGGGCAUAUUUCCUAUGGUUGCUCGGAUCAAUCACGACUGCCGGCCAAAUGCUCAUUUCUACUUUGACAAGAAGACUUUCACGCAUCGGAUUCAUGCUGUUCGGACUAUUGCCCCUGGGGAGGAGAUCACUAUAUCCUACUUGAGUCACUACCUGACCUCAGAUGAGCGUGCGCACCGCACGACCAGUCAAUGGGGGUUUGAAUGCUUGUGUCGACUCUGUCGCGUACCUCAAGACAAACUUAACGACUCGGACAAUCGCCUUAAACGCAUGCAGCAGAUUGAGGCCUUUUUCCUAGAUGGAAGUCAAGAUGAAACUACUGCAAACCCUGCUAUGGCCGAAGAGUUAAUACAACUCUACCAAGAGGAGCGGCUCGAUGUUCCAAUAUCCCGAGCGUAUGGCUACGCUUCC